ACAGUGGUCGCUGGGACAGGACAGACUGGGGGAAGACACCAGAGGUAAGACAGGACUGACGUUGGGCUGAAGGCAGGCAGGGUGGACUCUACGGACUCUGGCGGUGUACAGACUCUCCAGACUCAAGAAUUUUGGAAGAUUUUCUGAUUUUUAUCAGUUAAAGUAAGACAUUCUAGCAAACGAGAGGUUCUUGUAUUAGGAUAAACUAUCCACAAGUUCUAUCUGAAAACCUGAAGGUGACUGGCUGAUGUAGAUUCUAGUAGAGCGAUUGUACUAUUCUAAUUGAAGAGAGAUGCUAGAACUGGACUCUAGUGUCUAGUUAAUCUGCUCAUCUGGAAGUCACUGGCUCCUGUGGAACGAUUGUUCCCCUGGUUUGGAGGUGGGUUAGGGUGGACAGUGUCCUGGUGAUUGAGGCUCAGGCCUGGAGGAGGACAGCGUGGCUUCAGAGGGCCUUCAUCAUCAUCUGCUAACAUGGGGAGACAAAGCGCUUCCGAGGUGGUCUUCAUCUCUCUGAACCACAACAUAACGCUAGUAGGGAAGAUAUGGCUGAUCCUAAUGAUUUUACUGAGGAUCCUGGUCCUGCUGUUUGCUGGAUACCCCCUCUACCAAGAUGAACAGGAACGCUUUGUGUGUAACACCAUCCAGCCGGGCUGUGCCAACGCCUGCUACGACAUCUUCGCUCCUAUCUCUCUGUUCCGCUUCUGGCUUGUUCAGCUGCUCAUUCUCUGUCUCCCGUAUGUCAUCUUCGUUAUCUACGUCAUUCAUAAGGUCACAUCACGCCUCACCAUCGACACUACUGACCCCUCAGAUAGAGUCAGAGCUGGACCGCUCUACCAGAUCCAGCAGGAGUCAUUCAGGAAGACGGCCCUGACCAAGACUGCUCUCCAGGCACAGCAUGGCAGGACUCAGUGUUUCACAGGAGCAUACAUCCUCCAUCUUCUGUUCAGGAUACUGCUGGAGGCUGGGUUCGGGGUGGCCCACUACUACCUGUUUGGGUUCUAUAUCCCCAGGAGGUUCCUGUGCCAGCAGAUUCCCUGCACCACUCAGGUAGACUGCUACAUCUCCAGGCCCACGGAGAAGACCAUCAUACUUAACUUCAUGCUGGGGGCAGGCGCCUUGUCGUUAUUACUCAACAUGGCUGAUCUCAUCUGCGCCAUCAAGCGCUCGGUGAGGCAGAAGACCAAGACGAAGAUGUUGGUGGAGAAGAUGUAUGAGGAGGAGCAGUACUACCUCCCGUCCAGCGGGGGGAGCAGAGGCAUGGAGGGUAACCUCCCUCUACACCCCCAGGACCUGGUGGUGGAACCUGGAACCUUCCGGAAGAGAGGGGCCAGUAAGUCCAGCACCGCUGACCAGAGGGCCUAUCCCCAUCUGGGGGAGGCUGAGCACCCCUCUGCCCCUCGCUGUGGUUCUAGUUUCUCCUCAGGGCCUUCAGGCUCCAACACUAAUGGAAACAACCUUUACCCUGCAGCCCAGGAGGAGGGCCCCGAGGCAGAGGGGAGCGAGGUGGCUCUGUGCCCUGUAGAUCCCGUGGGGACACCCAGGUCCAUCAGGGUUAGCAAACGCAGCCGCCUCAAACCGCCCCCGCCCCCACGAAGGGACCUGUGCCCCCCCACGGCAACCGCUGCGGGCGUCCCCCCAGGAACAGUGGUGUGCACCAGGAGAGUGGGUCAGUACACCCUGGUAGAGAUGACAGCCCCAGACUUGCAGUCAAACACCAGCGAGGGCCAGGAGAAGAGGUCUGAGUGGGUUUGACUGGACUGAGAUGAUGAGAGAGCUGGAGCUCUGAGGAGAGUGAUUUUAUUUAUUUCCAUGAUGGAGACGUGAGAACCAGUGUUGCGGAAGCUACUCUGAAGAUAUAGUUUACCAAGUUAACAAUUACUUCACACUGAAAGAAGUUAAGCUCCACUAAAGCUACCCUUAAGAAAAAUAUAAUUAACUUAACUAAAGUUAGUUUGAAAAAGUAGUUCACUACAUCCAAACUACUUCAUGAUAAAUCAUAUCUAAAUCUGAAAUAUCAUAGACUACAAAUUGCAAGAACAGCUCACUCUGGAGUCAGAUGUUAACACAAUGUUUAAUUUUGCCUAAUAAACACAAAAACAAUGUUUCAAGUGAGAACUAGAAAGGUCUGAUGCCAAAAAAGAAAGGAAAUGA